AUGGCUGGCUCUCAGCUCAAGAGGUUGAAGGCCUCAUUGCGAGAGCAGGGAAUCGUCGGCCCACAAAAGUCAAAGAAGCAGAAGAAGCAGAGCGCUCAAGAUGCUCAGGCAACCAAGGAAAAGCGCCUUAAGCGGUCCGUCGCUCUGGAGGGCAUCAGGGAGCAGUUCAAUCCGUUCCAGUUUCACACCAAUGCCAGGGGCCCCAAGUUCGAGGUGACCACCAAAGCCAACACUUCAACCUCGCGAAUUAAGGGGAGGCCUGGCGUGGCGAAAUCUAUUGGUGAAGAGAGGAGGCGCGAAACUCUCCUCGCGGAGAUGCAACGAAGGAACAAGGUGGGCGGCAUCAUGGAUCGACGAAUAGGCGAAAACGACCCUUCCAUGGCGCCCGGGGAAAGGGCACUGCAGCGUUUUGCCAUGGAAAAGCAGCGCAGCCACAAAAAGGGUUCAAUCUUUGAUCUGGAGGAUGAUGGCGACGAGGUCGGCCUGACGCACAUGGGCAAGUCCCUGACGUUUGACGACGAGGAUGACUUUGACGAGGCCGAUCUUCCAUCCGAGACUGAAUCUGAAAUCGCCAAAAUCAACGUCUCGCGACUGAAGCGGAUGCGGGGUGAAGAUGACAACUCGGAUGAAGAGGACGGAGAGGAGCUUCCGGAACGGAAAAAGACGAAGCAGGAGAUUUACAAGGAGAUCAUUGAAAAGUCCAAGGCGCAUAAAUAUGAACGACAGCAGAUUAAAGAGGCGGACGAGGAUCUCAGGGAAAAAAUUGAUAGCGAAUUUGCGGAUCUGCGCAAUUUGCUGUACUCUGCCAGCGCAAAACCAGAACGCCCCGGAGUUGAGGCCGAACAGCCAAAACUUGUUGCCGGUAUGGAGAAAGACAAGUUCGAUAAGGCGUACGAUGUGAGGGUGAAGCAACUGGUGCAAGACAAGAGAGCACAGCCAUCGUCACGGACCAAGACCGACGAAGAAAAGGCCGCAGAAGAGUCAGCUCGAUUGAAGGAGCUAGAGGAGAAGCGGUUGAAGCGGAUGCGGGGUGAAGAGGUCAGCGACGAGGAAGAGCAAGAGGAUGACGAAUCUUCCAAUGACAGCAGCGACGGCGAGUCGGAAGAGGAAGAUGAAUUUCAGCUAGGAAAGGGCAUCAAGAUGCGGCCAACAGCGACCGAGCUGGGCUUUGACGAUGAGGACGAUUUCAUAAUUGACGAUGACCUGGUCGCUAGUGGUUCUGAAAUCGAACCCGAGGACUUUGGCGAGGAUGAGGAGUCUGACGCCGAGAGCUCAGGCAGCGAGGCUGGACCGGAUGGUGAUGAAUCCGAAGACGAGUUCACAAAGGGACUGUUGACAGAGACCGAAAUCAAAAAUCCCGAGUUCACAGCCACAAACGGGAACGCUAAAGACGACAGCGAUGGCGUUCCUUUCACAUUCCCAUGUCCUCAAACGCAUGCCGAGCUUUUGGAGAUAACAAAAGGAGUACCCGUGGCGAAACUUACAACGGUCAUCCAACGCAUCCGAGCUCUGUAUCACUCCAAGCUGGCUGUUGGUAACAAGGAACGCCUGGGUGUCUUUUCUAGAGUUCUCGUUCAACACAUUGCACAUCUUGGCAACUCGAACGCACCGUCUGCACCGAUAGAGGGUCUCAUCAGACAUGUCCACUCACUCGCAAAAACUUAUCCCUUGGAGAUUUCACGGGAAUUCCGUAUGCAUUUACAAACAAUUGGGAGCGAAAGGCCACUUGGAAUUGUCAAAGGAGACUUGAUGAUCAUGACGGCCAUCGGCUCCAUUUACCCUACCUCGGAUCACUUCCACCGUGUGGUGACGCCAGCAAUGCUCACCAUGGCGAGAUAUCUGGGACAAAAUGUGCCGAAAACACUUGCAAACCACGCUACGGGCCUGUACCUGGCAAUUCUGUCGCUGCAGUACCAGGCAUUUUCCAAACGUUACGUCCCAGAGGUGAUGAACUUUGUCCUUAAUACACUACUGGCUCUGGCUCCAGUCGAGUGUGCUGAUGAGCUCGGUUUCUUCCCGGUCCAUCGCCCUCCUCCGGAGAUCAGGAUGAGGGACGGCCAGGGAGAGGCAGUAGGAAGACUGGACUGCAAUGACUGCUCAUCCUCCAGUACCAAGUCUCCAAACUGCCUCAAAGCUGCCCUCCUGGACACCUCACUCAAGGUACUCUCCUCCGCUGCUGAUUUGUGGAGCGGGAAGUCGGCAUUCUUUGAGACCUUUGAACCAUCCACCAAGGUCCUUGCACAUCUGACAUCCAAAGUCUGCAAACCCCACCUGCCGCCGUCUAUCGUCAAGGAAGCCACGCGCCUGCAGAAGCACCUCGCCGCCAGCCUCAACAGCGCCCGGCUGUCGCGUCGGCCGUUGGAGCUGCACCACCACAAGCCGGUAGCGAUCCGGACGUAUGUGCCCAAGUUCGAGGACUCGUUCGACCCCAACAAGCACUACGACCCGGACCGGGAGCGGGCCGAGCUGGCCAAGCUGCGGGCCGAGCACAAGAAGGAGCGCAAGGGCGCGAUGCGGGAGCUGCGCAAGGAUGCCAACUUCAUGGCGCGCGAGAAGCUGCGCAUCAAGAAGGUCAAGGACGAGGCCUACGAGAAGAAGUUCAAGAGGCUCGUCGCCGAGAUCCAGAGCGAGGAGGGCCGCGAGGCAAACGCGUACGAGCGCGAGAAGGCGCAGAGGAAGAGGGCCAGGAAGUGA